AUGAAGUUGUCAUUCUUCGGCGUCAUGCGCGCCCAGCUCAAGCCCAAAGCUCCGGUAGUCACAACAGACCUCUCCGGGAAGACCGUUAUAGUCAUCGGUGCGAACGUGGGCGUCGGCUUCGAAGCCGCCAAACAUUUUGCAGAGAUGAACCCUGCGCGGCUCAUCUUGGCUUGCAGGAACGAAGCGAAGGGGAACGCUGCUAUUACCAAGAUCGAAGAAGCUACAGGGUACAAGAAAUCGGAGUUAUGGCUGCUUGACCUCAGCAGGUUUUCAUCCGUCCUUGAGUUUGUGGACAAGUUUGAGAAAGACGGCGGGCGCCUGGACAUCCUGCUCGCCAACGCAGGUAUCACUGGAAGCAAAUACGAAACGACAUCAGAUGGCUGGGAGUCGACGUUGCAGGUGAACGACCUCGCGACGUUCCUUCUAUGCAUCCUCCUGCUUCCACGGCUCGUGCACACCGCCCGGGAAUUCUCGACGACGCCUCGCCUGGUGGUUGUCGCUAGCGAUAUCCACUACUUCGCCAGUGUGGACAAGGCGGCGCUGGACAGCCCGAAGGUCUUCGAGACCCUCAACACCCCCGAGUCCUACUCUUCCAUGAAUGCGGUGAUGAACAGAUACGCUGUCUCCAAGCUCUUUGACGUGUUCUUCGUCCGCGCGCUCAACGCCCACCUCCCGCCCUCCACGCCCGUGCUCGUCACUGCCGUGAAUCCCGGCCUCUGCGCGACCGAACUCGGGCAGAAGGAGCCGGAGGGAUUCAUUGCCUCGUGCGUGCGCUAUGUCAUUUUCCGCACGUUCGCGCACACCGCAGAGGAGGGCAGCCGCGAGCUCGUCUGGGCGUGCGUCGGCGGGCAGGAGCGCGAGGACGACCUGCGCGGUGCGUUCGUCUGGCACCAGCAGAUCACCGAAGUCAGCGACUACGUGCUCAGCCCCGAGGGCGCCGCGCUGCAGGAGCGUCUCUGGAACGAGCUGCUCGAGAUCCUGGGUGGCGUCUCCCCGAAGGUUCCGGCGAUCGUGGGGGAGUACCUCGCGUGA